AUGGCAACACCCACGAUCGUGGACGACAACGAUGUCAAAGCCGACCCGGGCCAGCUCGAGUCCAGAGUGGUGCACCAAAUAGGGAUGGGGAAGCUGGACGCAGCUGCGGCAGAAGGCAGCAGCGGCCAGCUCCAAAGGAGUUUGAAUAGCCGUCAAAUUGGCAUGUUUUCGAUCGCAGGCUCAAUCGGCACCGGCCUUCUAAUCGCUACGGGUUCUACUCUUGCCAGCGGUGGUCCAGGCUCGAUGCUGAUAUCGAUGAUCGUGCUGGGACUCGUCUGCUACAAUGUGCUCGCUGCCUAUGGCGAAAUGUCCACGGCCUUUCCCAUGGACAGAGGUUUCAGCGGCUAUGCUACGCGUUUCGUCGAUCCUGCUUACGGUUGUGCGACAGGCUUCAACUACUUUUGCAAGUACGUGGUGCUUUUGGCCAACAAUCUCACUGCGUCUGGCCUCAUUAUGCAGUACUGGCUGCCACACAUCAACGUCGGUGUUUGGGUUAUCACAUUUGCCGUUCCGAUCAUCUGCAUCAACUUCUGUCCAGUCAGGGUGUUCGGAGAGGUCGAGUUUGUUUCCUCGAUCAUCAAGACACUUGUGAUCGUGGGGCUGAUGCUCGUGUGUCUCAUCAUUGACCUUGGCGGAGGACCCAAGGGCGACAGACUCGGGUUCCGUUACUGGCGCGAUCCUGGUGCGUUCGCGGCUUACAAGCUCCAAGGAUCCACGGGUAGAUUCUUGGGCUGGUGGGCAUGCAUGGUGAACGCCGGAUUCGUAUACAUGGGAACGGAGAUGGUCGGAUUGACGUUUGGAGAAGCGGGCAAGCCGUGGAAGGUGGUCCCAAAAGCCAUCCGACAGACGGCUUGGCGGAUUUCCUUUCUCUACAUCGGCGGUAUUCUCGUACUGGGCAUGGUGGUCCCUUACAAUAGUCCCGGCUUGAUCGCUGCGACUAAACAAAAGACUGGAGCUAGUGCCUCGCCAUUCAUCGUGGCCAUCAAAGAGGCGGGUAUCCGUACCCUACCGGACCUCAUCAACGGCUGCUUGCUCGUCUUUGUACUUAGCGCAGCCAACUCAGAUAUCUACAUCGCAUCUCGGACACUCUUUGGACUUGCUCGAGAUGGUCACUUGCCCAAGAUCUUCGCCAAAACUCACGGCAGCGUCCCCACCAUGGCGGUGGGUGCGUCUUCGCUGUUCUUUCUUCUGGCACUCAUGAACACUACCGAGAGUAGCAGCACCGUGUUCAAGAACUUGGUGUCGCUUGCUACCGUGUUUGGGCUCUUCAAUUGGAUUAGUAUAAUGGUCUCUUACCUGGCGUUCCGACGUGGUAUGAGCGCACAGAGCAUCCCGCGCUCAGCCUUGCCAUUCAAGGAGCGCUGGAUGACGCUGCGGAUAUCCGUGAGUCUGUGUAUCACAUGUAUCAUUGUUUUCUUCAACGGAGUUACCACCUUCAUUCCCUCCUUUCAAGUCAAAUCAUUCGUCUUUGCGUAUACCGGUAUCCCUGUCCAUCUCGGUCUGAUUUUCGGGGCGAAGCUGCUUCUCCGGACUUCACGCAUAUAG